AUAUUUCUUACUGUAACCACCAUCAUCCAAUAUCAUCUCACAUGGCCCCUCGGAGUGUAACAUCUGCUACUAUCUCUGAAGAUCCUCUGGCGUAUGAAGACAAACACGUACAUUCAGUCUACGAACAGAUCGCACCCCAUUUCUCUUCUACUCGAUAUAAACCGUGGCCCGUGAUAGCUGCGUUCUUAUCUAAUAUCCCACCUGGAUGGGUUGGCCUUGAUUCUGGUACUGGGAACGGAAAGUAUCUUCCUCUCCCAGCUGACAAUCCCAGCCGAGUUUGGACGGUCGGCUUAGAUCACAGUUUGAAUCUUUUGAAAAUCGCAAGAAAUGCUGGGGGAGUAUACCGGGAAGUUGUACAGGGGAAUGUUUUAGAUCAACCCUGGAGGAAGGCCUCGUUUGACUACGCAAUUUCAAUCGCCACUAUUCAUCAUUUAGCAACGUAUGAACGGCGAAAACAAGCCAUCCAGCGACUUCUGCUAGCAGUCUCACCAUCGCAUGGCCGUAUUUUGAUAUACGUUUGGGCCGUUGAGCAGGACGAUCUAUCCAAAAGACAAAUACCUGUCGUCGAUGAUCCUCAUUCUGUCGGGCAACCUGGAAAAGAUGUUUUCGUGCCGUGGGUAUUAUCCUCCAGUGCUGACUCAGAAAAAUUGCAAGCAGAGCAGGUUUUCAAUCGAUAUUACCACAUGUUUGCUAAAGGAGAGUUAGAGCGGCUUGUGUCCGAGGCAGCGAAGGAAUUGGGAUUACAUGUUGGGUUGAAGAGUGAAAGUGCAGGUGCUCGUAGGGGAAUUGACUUCGAGCAGGACGGCUGGGAGAGAUCAAAUCAUUACGUUGAGUUGCGUUGUUGGGCUGUAUAACAGUCAUUUGUAACUUCUUUUCUUCGAAUGCAUUCACCGUUUUCGACA